CCCCUUCCCCCGAGCAGAAAGUACGCCUUGUGGGGUGGGAAGUCGAAACUGAAAAUGAUUUAGAAAGAGCCGGUGGGUGAAGUUUAGUGUGUGGACGCGCAUCACUAGAGAUGUGGAUUGAUUCAUGAAGGCGGGGCGGGGGAAAUGAACCAGAGCUCUAGUUGAAAGGGUUAACUCUUUCCAAGAAUCAGAAACGAACAAAAGGCUGUCCAUUUUCGUUCUCUCUCUCUCUCUCUCUUCCUUUCUCUCUCUCUCACUCUCUGUCGCCCGUGGUGCUUCGACUGUGCCUGUCAGUGGGGGGGAAGAGUUGAAUUGGGCCGAAUGUAUUAAAUUAGCGGCUGGCUGUUAAUAGUGGAGUUACCCGGGGGGGAGCCAGCUUGUUCCUGGUAUCGGAGCGUUGCUCGCAAACCAUCGAAUAACGACAGAACGGCCCGCUUAACCAGAGGUGCGUGCGUUUGAUACACGGAAAUGUGUUCCUUUAAUCUCCAUCAAGCCGACUUUGGAGGAAAAAAAACCCGUAAAUGACUUGCUUAUUAAUUAACUGGAACGAAUAUACCCGGAGUGUCAUUUCUACUGGCCUGGCAGCACAAAAAGUGAAUAUCAAUGCUAACGUUCACGCCUUUGUUUAAUUGCAAAGCUUCGCAUCGGAGCCAUUGAUUUUUACUGGAAAGCAUUUUCUUUCCUGAUCUCGAUUGCAUAAAUUCAGGUUCCGCCUGUCUGCUGUUUAUGAUGGUGUUUAGAAAAUGAAUCUGAAUUCCGCCCGAGAUAUUGGACAACAUUUGUGUUACUUUCGAGCAAUUUUUUUUGACGAAUUAAGAUUCACCGGUUCUUUGGUGUUGUGAAGCAGCGCCUUGCAUUAGAAGUUAAAUUAUAUCAAUAGUUCUUCCAGCUUUACUAUUGUCCACCAUGCUUCUUGCCUAGAUCCGAGGGCGGCGGAAAAUAACGAGCUCCCUUCUGGCCCGCGUUAAUCUUGUGAUCGGUGUGGGAUUAGCGGUCAUUUGAAUUCAUCACCCCUCUAUGAUUUGUCAAGAGAAGGCAGCAAGGCUGCUGUGCGCCAGUAAUUGUGCCAAAGACCCGCUUGGCCUCCGGGAAGGACAGACAGACUUGGUCCGUAUCUCCUGCACCAUGAGUCAUUUGGAACUUACAGGCUGGUACUGGGGAGCUCUCACAUCCAUUGAAGCGCGCCAGAUGCUGAAUCAGACCACCGAGGGCACGUUUCUGGUGAGGGACAGCUCUAACCCGCAAUAUCUCCUCACACUUUCCGUCAAAACAAGCUCGGGACCUGCCCAUCUCCGCAUCGAGUACAACGAGGGAAAGUUUGGCUUCGAUUCGGUGGUGUUGGCAAAACCAAAGCUGAAGAACUUUGACGAUGUGGUCGACCUGGUCCAGCACUAUGUCUCGGUGUCUAAGGGCGCUCACAACGCACAUGACCAGUCCAUCGCACCAGUGACUAAAGAUACAGUCAUCCAUCUGAAGUUGACCAAACCUUUAUACGUCGCAACGCCUUCACUUCAACACCUUUGUCGGAUUAUAAUCAACAAAAGUACCAAGACAAUCCAAGAACUUCCUCUACCCAACAGAUUGAAGGAAUAUUUAUUAGAAUACCCAUUCCACUUAUAAGCAAGUCAACCGAUAGUAAAUCAUUCCAAACAGGUGGAUGGGCGAGCAAAUGAAUUAAGUGGCUGAGAGAUUCGUACACUGAGGAGACGAUCAACUGUUUUAUGUGAGGAAGAAGCAGAAUGACACACCAUGCGAUGGAUGGAUACAAACUAGCCAACUUUUUUAUAUUUGGAUCCAAUAAUCAAAAUACUUUUUUUUUAUAGUUUCUUGGUUAAAUGUAAUUGUUUUUUGUUUAAUGAGGUUUCUGGCACGUAUUUUAUUUUUCGUUCUGUAUUUCUGUUGCAGCUUUUCAUGGUGCACUAUAUACUGCUUGUACCUUGAACUCCUGGGAUGUGUUGCAUAAGGAAUAGAUCGGCAUCUGAUAUUUCUUGUGCCUCACUUGGGAGGGGAUGGGAGGAGGUGUCCUUCUGUGCAGGGUCAGGAGGAUGGAUUGAAGGGAGGGUUAACACUAAAUAUGGGUAGGGCUCUCAAAUGUUUUGUUUUUGCUCGAUUGCCAAAAUGAGUUGCUAGAAUAAGUGGAACUGUUGGCCUUGAUGGCGAGACUCAUUGCAGAACUGCUAGUGAUCCCAGGAGUCUUAUAAACUCCAAUACGGGUUAAACUCUGGACAUUCACCCUAGAUGCAAGUUGGUAGUGUGUUUCUAGUUGAGAAACAAACUUCUCGUCUCUUCCAGGAAGAUGGCUCGUGAUCCAUUCUAGGGCCGUGUGGGAGUUGGGAGAAGAAAUCUGCAUUUGUUUUUGCUUCCUAUUGUGAGUUAGGCUAACUUGUACCAGUAGCAUACCUGACACUAACAGAACUUGAGACAAAGGCUAAAGAGGCAAGCCAAGCGGCAACACAAAACCUCAAACCUUAGAUAAUAGGAUCAAACUUUACAGGUUAUCUGUGUUAAUAUGUAUAAGACAUUCUUUCAACAAUGAGCCAAAAGUGCGGCACAGUGGGGCAGCGGGUAGAGCUGGUGCCUCGCCACGUCAGAGCCCCAGGUUCGAUCCUGACCUUGGGUGCUGUCUGCGUGGAGUUUGCACGUUCCCCUUGCGACCGUGGAUGUUUCCUCCGGGUGCUCCGGAUUCCUCACGCAUCCCAAAGAUGUGUGGGUUUUUAGAAUGAUUGGUCCCUUGUGUGUAGGGAGUGGACGGGAAAGUGGGAUAACACCGAACGGGUCGGCGCGGACUCAGUGGGCCGAAGGGCCUGUUUCCAUGCUGCAUCUUUAAAAUUAGUAUUGAAUGAUAUGAAAUGCAAUGGAGCCGGCACUGGUUUCUCCGAAUGAAGAAAGCAGCUACUUCUUUGCAUUGCAUAUUAUUCAUAGCUAAAGGAUUUGAGUAUAGGAGCAGGGAGGUUCUACUGCAGUUGUACAGGGUCUUGGUGAGACCACACCUGGAGUAUUGCGUACAGUUUUGGUCUCCUAAUCUGAGGAAAGACAUUCUUGCCAUAGAGGGAGUACAGAGAAGGCUCACCAGACUGAUUCCUGGGAUGUCAGGACUUUCAUAUGAUGAAAGACUGGAUAGACUCGGUUUGUACUCGCUAGAAUUUAGAAGAUUGAGGGGGGAUCUUAUAGAAACUUACAAAAUUCUUAAGGGGUUUGACAGGCUAGAUGCAGGAAGAUUGAUCCCGAUGUUGGGGAAUUCCAGAACAAGGGGCCACAGUUUAAGGAUAAGGGGGAAAUCUUUUAGGACCGAGAUGAGGAAAGCAUUUUUCACACAGAGAGUGGUGAAUCUCUGGAAUUCUCUGCCGCAGAAGGUAGUUGAGGCCAGUUCAUUGGCUAUAUUUAAGAGGGAGUUAGAUGUGGCUAAAGGGGUCAGGGGGGAUGGAGAGAAGGCAGGUACAGGAUACCGAGUUGGAUGAUCAGCCAUGAUCAUAUUGAAUGGUGGUGCAGGCUCGAAGGGCCGAAUGGCCUACUCCUGCACCUAUUUUCUAUGUUGCUGACUCUUAAUAAUCUUUGGAACAAGGAAAGGCCACUGAGGCUGUAAAGCUUGUUGUGAGCUAUGAAUGUGUGCUAUAGAUAGCCACUGUAUUCCGUGACCCACUUUAAGAUUUAUAGGGCGACACAGUGGCGCUGCUGGUAGAAUCACUGCUUCACAGCGCCAGAGAACUGGGUUCAAUCCUGACCUCCGCUUCGAUCCUGUCUGCGUAGGGUUUGCACAUUCUCCUUGUGACUGCGUGGGCUUUCCUCUGUGUGCACUCGUUUCCUCUCGCAUCCCAAAGACGUGUAAGGUUUGCAGGUUAAUUGGCCUCUGAAAAUUGCCUCCUUGUGUGUAGAGAGUGGAUGUAAAGUGGGAAAGAUUUACCGUAUUUCCUGGCAAUGAAGACGCUAUUUUUUUAGCCAGGGGUAAAGUUACGUGUAGGGCAGGACGUUGAGAAGGAGGGGGUUGGGAUCAUACCAGCAACUCACUCAGUAGCUCAGGUGGCUGCGAGCAGACAGCGGAACUGCAGCUAGACCCGGGGCUCCCAGGCGAUCUGGAAACUGCAGCCAGUCCCAGGGACACGAGGGAUCUGGAACUGCAGCCAGUCCCGGGGCAUGCAGGCGAUCUGGAAACUGCAGAAAACUCUAGAUCCUGUCUGCACGACUAAACAAACCCUUAGAUCCUGUUCUGCCAGCCUUUUUUCAAAAUUUAGCAACUCAAAAUGGGGCUGCGUCUUCAUUGCCGGGAAAUACGGUAAUAGGAACUUGUGGGGCAACUUUUUCCACACAGGGGAUGGUGGGUAUAUGGAACGAGCUGUUAGAGGAGCCUGUUUCCAUGCUGUAACUCCCAACCAGACCAACUGGUCCUUAAUAUCAUUGACUAGUUCAAAGGUUAAGCUUCCAUAAACACACUAUACCUACCUCAGAUAGGUUUUGCAAUAGGAUAUUUUCAAUCGAUACCAUACUUUGACUUAUCCCAAAUCAUGAUUCUGUAUGGAGAGAUUUGCUUUUGAGAAUGAAAUACAGGAAAUCUGUUUUAUGUAUUGAACAGUGAGAUCAUACUGGUUCCAAAAUGGCACUUAACUGGGCAGGAACACUGGGCUAAUUUUACUGGGCAUUUACACUUAUUAAUCCAACAGUGACGUCUCAGAAGUAAAAUGGCCCCAAAACAAUCCCCAAUUGGUUUUCAAUUGGCAACCUAAAAGUCAUGAUGCAAUUCAAGUUCAAAAACGUCCCUGUUGUUCAAACAUAUUUAACAAUUAUCAAAACUGAAGGAAAUAUUAACAAAGCAUGGGGUUAAUGGAACAGAGAUCAAUGCAGUACAGUACAUCACAGGAGCAGGCCCUUCUGCCCACAAUGUCUGUGCUGAACAUGAUGCCAAGAUCAACUCUUAUCUGCCUGCACAUGAUCCACAUCCCUCCAUUCCCUGCAAAUCCAUGUGCCUAUCCAAAAGUCUCUUAAACGCCACAAACAUAUCUCGCAUUUCAUUGUAUAAUGAAAAUUCUAACUGCUUGAGAUAAAUUGAAAAAAAUAAAUGGAAUCACUACAAAUAUCAGUUGGGAACUCGUUAGUUAAAUCCAAGACCCGAUUGCAUUUAGUUUGGAUUCCAGGCUUGUUGCUCAGGAGUCAAAGCUGAAAGGGGAUUUAUUUAAGAUGUUUGUUUCUGUUUAUUUUUUUAGUUAUCUCAAGCAGUUAUGAUGUUCAUUAUACCAUGAAAUAUGAGAUAGAUUAGUGGCAUUUGAGAGACUUUUGGAAAGGCACACGUGAAUAGAGGGAUAUCUAGCAAUCAAAGAUAUUGUCGGAUGUUUGUCUGUCUUUGAAUGCUGGGCUUGUGUGUCUGGAUGCAUGUACUGCACUUUCCAGAUAUCCAAAUGGCUGAGUGCUAUUGAGGUGAGGUGCUUUAAGAUGAGAUGGGAAAGAUUUAAUAGGAACUUGUGGGACAACAUUUUCCACACACAGGGUGGUAGGUAUAUGGAACGAGCUGUUGGAGGAGGUAGUUGAGGCAAGUACUAUAAAAACAUUUUAAAUAUAUAUUGUAGUAACAAGGAAAUGCAGAUGCUGGUUUACACAAUAGGACAUAAAGUUCUGGAGUAACUCAGCAGGUCAGGCACCUUCCCUGGAGUAACAUGAAUGGGUAACAUUUCAGGUCGGGACUCUUCUUCAGACCAACUGGCGUAGCUAGUUGACAUAGAUAAAUUGACAUAGCUAGCUGAAGCUUCAAUUGUUUGGUACGAGUCCUGAUAAAUGCUUCCUGCAACUUCCUGACCUCACCCCCACUUCAAUAAUUUGGCCACAAGUAGAGAUAGAUGUUGAGAUUCAGUGGGUGGAUUCAGUGCUUGUUUCUGCACUGUAUCUCUAAACUAAACUAAAAUGAUUCAUAAAACACCCUAAAGUCUAACGGUUGCUCUAACGUGCUUUCACAGUGUAUGUUGGCACUGAAUUGUAGACCAUAGAUGCAGGAGUAGGCUAUUCGGCCCUUCGAGCCGGCACCGCCAUUCAAUACGAUCAUGGCUGAUCAUCCACAAUCAGUACCCGUUUCUGCCUUCUAGCUAUCUCCUGAUUCCGUUAUCUUUAAGAGCCCUAUCUAACGCUCUCUUGAAAGCAUCCAGAGAAUUGGUCUCUACUGCCUUCUGAGACCGAGUAUUCCACAGAUUCAUAACUGGGUGAAAACGUUUUUCCUCAUUUCUGUUCUAAAUGGCCAACCCCUUAUUCUUAAACUGUGGCUCCUGUUUCUGGACUCCCCCAAAAUUGGGAACAUGUUUCCUGCCUCUAGUGUGUCCAAUCACUUAAUAAUCUUAUAUGUUUCAACAAGAUACCCUCUCAUCCUUCUAAAUUCCAGAGUAUUCAAGCCUAGCGGCUCCAUUCUAUCAACAGAUGACAGUCCCGCCAUCCCGGGAACUAACCUUGUGAACCUACGCUGCACUCCCUCAAUACCAAUUGUCCAGAUUUUGGUGGUUGUGGCUCCAACAAAUACCCUUGAUGUCUAGCGUUGAGCUUGGACGUGUGUGGAAAUAAAUUGUCUUUUGGAAACUUCCUGGGCUCCAUUGGCAAGACACGGCAUGUUACCUGUAACCUUGUGGUAUGGUUGAACUAAAACGAGCCCCACCAAAGCUGUGGAGAAACUGUUAACAGACCACAAAGUCGCACACCGGAUUUGGUAUCUGCCAAGUUGGUUCUUUUUAAAAAUGUUUCCUAAUGCCUCUGACAGUGUCAUAAAUUUAAAAAUAUCCCAGAAGAAAAACAUUAUUAAAUAGCCAUUUACUAUUCUCCCCUUUUACUCCAUAGCCACGUAAUCUUCAUUUGAUGAAUGGGACAGUGAACGUAUACCAGACCUAAUCUGGACCAGACUUUCCAUUUUAACUGCUGGACAAUUGCAGCAACUUGUUGCUCCAUUGCUGAACCCUGUGGCAAAUCAUGGUGAUAGAAACACUGGCAGGAAAUGUCAACAAAUCCCAGCAAAAUCUGGACCCAUGUAAAGGUCAAGAUGGUUCACGAUGGCCAAUUAUUGUUGGGGUGCAGAACACCAUAUGGCAACAUGUUUCCAAUCACUAAUUCACAAUGGCUACAAAUUGGAAGUGCCCCGUUUUCUUUCACCCUACUCUGUGGUUGUUUCUGGAGUUAAUUCUAAUAUCUAGUGUUUAAAGCUAACUCUGAUCUUUUGUUAACUUUGAAUACGGCACGGUGGCGCAGCAGUAGAGUUGCUGCCUUACAGCGCUAGAGAACCAGGUUUGAUCCUGUCUGCACGGAGUUUGUACAUACUCCCCGUGACAGUGUUGGUUUUUCCCAGGUCCUCCGGUUUCCUACCAAAGACUUGUGCGUUUGUAUUUUAAUUGGCUUGGUAAAACCUUUAAUUAUCCCCUCUUGUGUAGGAUAGUUCUAAUAAGUGGGAAUCGCUGGUCGGCGCGGACACGGUGGGCCGAUGGGCCUGUUUCCACGCUGUAUCUCAAAACUAAAAGUAAAAUUAAAAAAAAAACACAGACCGGUACUUCAUUCUUUUAAAGGAUUUAUGAUGUGUGAUUCCAAUAAUAACUCAAAUAUAUUACUAAACUUUCAACGAAAAUGUUGCCAGAUACCCAACUUCUUGUUCAUGUUUCUUCCACUGGGGCUAUUUUGUUUUUCUAAGCAAGAACACACUGUACAAGAGGCAUUUUGCCUUUCAUUCCGGGUUGAGGUUAUUGCAAGCAUUCACAUACAGAGCAAAUGGCUGACAUAAUUAUACGAAUUGUGCAGUAUUGGAACGGCAACCUGUUUUUUUUUUUUCCUUCUAUUGAAUCCAACAUAUUUGCCGUGGACCACAAACCUUUUUUUUCAUAUUCGAUUUUUUUUCAAAAUUAAAGUGAGCAUUUGUCUUUGAGGGCCAGAAUUUGGAGGAAAAUGUUCCAUGUUUAUGCUAGGAUUUGACACCAUUCUUGGCCAAAUGGAUUCUUUUUAACAAUUGGAAGUGAUGACCCUUAAAUUAAAAAAAAAAAUCCUGUGAAUAAUGUAGAGAAAAUUAGAUACUUUUUUAAAAUGAACAGCCCAAGUAUGGAUAUUUUGCAGACAUGGGUAGGAGAACUAGAAAAUUGUGCAACCAAAUGUUUUAUUAUUUUACAUGGUGACCGUUUUAGCUGAGCAAAAGUUCAUUUUGCAACUUUUCCCCAGCUGUACCGGACAAUGUUGGUACGAGCCAUUGCUGAAUAUUUUUAGUCAGAAUUAUAUGAAAUGUUGUAUUCUGCAUUUCAUCCACGUUGGAUUUGAUUUCUGAAAAUAGAUUGCUUGGUCUAAUUCUGUAGAGCACGAUGCAUGUUUGGCCUUCACCACCUUCACCACCUUUAUGGAAUUAAAAUGUUUGCCUGAUUAGAAUGGGAACUAUGAGUAUUUAGUGCAGCAACUAAUCCCACCCAAGUUGGAUCACUGUACACAUUGGAAAUUGUGCACCAGUUUCAAUGGUAUUUUGUGUUUGGAGCCACAAAUUAAGCUAAUAUUUACCCUCUGCAAAAAAUAAGAAAACUCAAAAACUCAUCAAGUAGAAUUUGCAAUAUUUUUUACUGCGAACAGGUAGAAAGAAAUAACAUCGUAAAUUAAAUUAAAUUUUAAUUAAAAACUGAAUUGUUGAUUAUUACUCUUUUUAAAUUGGAAAGGGAUGACCAUAACGUUUGGGUGAAGUGGUAGAGAUGCUGCCCUUGCAGCGCCAGAGACCCGGGUUUGAUCUUGACUGGGUGCUGUUUGUACCUUCUCCCUGUGAUCAUGUGGGUUUUCUCUGGGUGCUCUGGUUAACUCCCACGUUCUAAAGACGCACAGGUUUGUAGGUUAAUUGGCUUUGGUAAAGAUGAUAAGAUGAGGGUGAUAUGUAACAUUUAUUCUGUAAUUAUGAAAAUGAUGGAUAAUUAAUGUAAAAUUAAUUAAUGUAACAUUAAUUAAUGUAAUGGCUCCUUAAGAAAGCUGAUUUAUUUAGUUUUUCAUCCUCUACCUUUUCUAAGGAUCAUCUUAAAGUAUUGAUAUUUUUUAAAUUGGAACAGUUUCGGGAACCUUGCAGUCUUGAAUGACAAUGAUGUGCUCAAUUACUGCCAACUAUGCAUGGGUUCAGUUAGAGGGGUUUUUUCUCCCUACAUGGUGUCUGGAGAUAUCAUUUCCUGGUGUUCUCUUUGAGUUGAUAAUUAAUUCCUUAUUUGAGAUCCCUGCUGAAAAUCACCAACAAUACCACACUGAAGCCAACUUCUCCUAACCCGUACAAAUAAGGUAAUUAGUGACAUGAGCAGAAUGGCUGAUC